AUGUCGGGUCAAAGGUCAAAAAUCGAUGAACAGAGCCUUCCUGUAACUCAAGAACGUGACAAAGACGCCGAUUCGAAGUUUUGGGCAACCUACGAAAAAGUUUCGACGGAGUACGAUGACGACUUCCUCGCGCGGGCGAAUGAUGAUAUGGGUAUCAUCUUGACCUUCGCUGGUUUAUUCUCAGCUGUCAAUUCUACCUUCAUCGUCGGAAUGCAACCCAAUCCGGGAGAUACUACAAACGUCCUCUUGCUCUACCUGAUCCAAAUGACAGCUAACGGCACAAACACUGUAAAUGACAUCAGCAAUCUCUCCUCGACCACCGGGUAUUCUUCUUCGACUGUCUGGAUGCAAACACUCGCCUAUGCCAGCCUCGCAUUUAGCGUCUUGGCCGCGUUCGGGGCUGUGUUGGGGAAGCAAUGG